ACAUUGAGAUCAUUGGGAAUGCUGCGUCUUUACAUGCGCAAUCGAACGCACGCAUCUAUUUAUUGAUUGAUGCUUGGAUGAGGUAUCGUUGAAUGCAGCUCGCAGGAAAGGAUAUCUUGGAAUCUUGGAAUCUUGGAGGUCGCCGACUAAAUGCAACUUUUUGGCCUUAUUGCGAUAUCUCAGUUCCGUCAUGGUCACCAACUCUUUCAAGCUUCGAACACGAAAGGUUCAAGAUCAUGCCAACAGAUCCCCAAAUAAUUAUAACUUCUUGUCAUCACGGAUACGAGCAUCAUAUGUGCAUCUCCUCACCCAAGAGAAUCUCAGUUCAACCACCUCUUUUAAUGCUUUACAUGCUGGUCUCAGCUACCACAGACUACCAAGUAAAGAGACCGGUGUACGCGGCGGUCAAUUCGAAAAUUCAAGAGUACCAACAUUAUCUACCCGAGACGGUGUUACUUACGAUGCUCUGUAUUAUGACCAUCAUCUUGGUUGAAGUCUUUCUAGACGCUUGUUCCUGUGACACUGUUUGAUGUACUCCAGACUUUUUAAUCUGCAGAAAUUGAAAUCGCGGUAUGGAUUGCAUGCUUCAUCAGAAUCA